UACUUUGUAGAGAUUUUUGUCUUGGCCGACCAUACAGGGAACCGCAGUUACACUGUUACCUUCUCACGGGGAACUCCUUUUGCAUCCUGCCAAGCUUUUCCCCAAGACAGCGGAUAAGUCCAGGGAUCACUAUGUCUCAAGCCACAAUCUCGUCAAACCAACUUUCCAGCGACCAAAGCCGACGAGCAUCUUCCGAGAUGAUGAAAUACUAUCUCGCCAGUCGCCCCAGUACAACGACGGAUAGGCUUGUUCAAGGGAACAUCAUGUCAGACGGAGAUCUCAUAGACAGUCUUAAGAAAAAGGAAUCCCAACUAGAUGUGUUAGUAAGGCGAGCAAAGGGGGGCGGUUCUAAGUCAACGUAGGCAAGCGGAUAUUAUUGAAAAUAUACCCCG